AUGGGGUACACCACCCUUUGGAAGCGGCUUUCGCCUGCGCAGCUCAAUGCGGCAAUCCAGAUUUUCUCCCUUGUUUGCAUAUUCUUCGAGGGCUAUGACCAAGGGGUCAUGGGAGGCGUCAACAGCGCGCCCACUUAUGUUGUCGAGGUCGGCAUUGGCAAGUCUGAUGGCACGGUGACUGAUACCACCCACCAGGGGGGUAUUGUCAGUAUCUACUAUCUCGGAUGCAUCUUUGGUUGCUUUGCAGGCGGCUGGCUGGCCGACCGCAUCGGUCGAAUCAAUGGUCUUCUGAUCGGCUCUCUCUUUGCGUUGGUUGGAGGUGCUCUGCAAGCUGCAGCCCAAAGCUCCGACUUCAUGCUGGUUGCCAGAGUCGUGACAGGCGUCGGUACUGGAGACCUAGGGAUUUCGGUGGCAUAUUGGAUGGCUUUUGGACUCGCCUUUAUCAAUCACGGUUAUUCCGACAUCCGGUGGCGGUUUCUGCUCGCUUUUCAAUGUGUCCCCGCCCUGAUACUGGUGCUGUUCAUCAAAAUGCUACCAGAUAGCCCGCGUUUUCUUGCAUCGGUUGGUCGUAACGACGAGGCUCGGGACCUGCUGACCAGGGUCCGCUGCCAUAAAGCCACCCCCUCCGAGAUUGACCAUGAAUACCUGGAAAUCGUUGCGUCCGCUCAAGACAGCAAGCCCAGUUCUCCUGUUCAAUUUGUCAAAAUCCUGUUUGGCAAGGGUGGCAGACCAGGUUCCAAUCUUGGUCGACGGGCCUGGCUUUGUGUAUGGCUUCAGAUCAUGGCAUCGUGGACGGGUAUUACAGCUGUUACGGCAUAUUCCCCUGUUCUUCUCAAGCAAGCUGGUUAUAGUGAGAUCACUCAAAAUGGUCUUGCAGGAGGACUGAACACAAUUGGCAUUUUGGGCACAAUAAUAAGUGCGCAUAUUGUGGAUCGACUUGGCCGGAGAAAGUGUUUGAUGCUAGGAUCUACGAUCCUGUUUAUUGUUGAACUUGUGGCGGGGUCCGUCUAUGAAGGCUCACUUCAUAACCCAAAUAAAGCUGCACAGUUUGCACCAGCUGCGGUGGCAAUGCUCUUCCUCUUUAACCUGGGCUAUGCUGCGACCUGGGGAACGGUGGCCUUCCUUGUGCCAACAGAGAUUUUCCCAUCGGAUCUUAGGGCGCAAGGGAACGGCUUCGGCAUCACUGGUUGGGCUAUUGGAGUAGGUAUGACUACAUUGGUCAACCCCAUCAUGUUUGGAACCAUGAAGAGUCGAAGCUACUUCCUCCUUGCUGGGCUCAAUCUUCUCUGGAUUCCAAUCGUGUACCUGUUAUAUCCCGAGACUCGCAAUCGGUCCCUCGAAUCGAUUGACGCGUUGUUCUCCACGUCCAGCCCGUUCUAUUGGGACAUGGAGCGAGCCUAUCAACUUCAUAGUGACGUGCUCGCGGAGAAAGGAGCGCGGAAACUUUGUGACGAGGAUGGCACGAAAGUAGCAGGUCAAGAAACAACCCACGAAGAAUUCCAUGAGACGGCAACGGUUGGUGUCUAA